AUGGGUGACAGUGAGGUGGGGCCAGCUGAGACUAUCAUUUGUGAGAAUGGAAAAGACAUUAUCAAAUUAAGAAAAGCUAAGGAAGGUGUCAAAUCUGUGUUUUGUUUUUUGCCCUUUAUGUUGAGUAUAUUGUUGGAUGAAUGGCAUGAUCUUACCUUUAAUAAAUUAAGAAAUAAUAGAAAAAUGGUGGAAAGAAGUAAGCAGAUGAGGACUUGGGAAAGAAAAGAAGGGACCUUUGAAGAAAGAGUAAGAAAAACGAAAGAGCAAAAAAAGGAUGGAGUAGAAGGUAACGUGUUGAAGCAAGUUUUGAAGACAUUGCCAAGAAGCAAAGAUAAAGGCUCAAGUUGA